AUGGCAAAACUCACUGACGAUGCCGGCGAAAAGUUUGGGAAUGUGCCAAGUCUACGGUCCGACUCUGUAAAUUAUCAUGCAUACUAUGGACCCAGAACAAGAAACAUGUUUCCACAAAACAUAAUUCAAUCAUGUCUGCAGCAGCAGCAGAGCGUCUUUGUUAACAAGACACGCCGUUUGAAGAAGUGGGAGAUUGACAUGCCUACCGAGUUGGAAGAGGAAGUAACUGAAGUGGUUUCUUUGGUGACGGCGGCAAUAGUCCCAACUACAAACCUUGCCCCACCCCGGAUAAGCUAUGAGGCCGUUAAAGCAGAAUAUGUGGAAAGCACCAAUGUACUUGGUAUGCAAUAA